AUGUCUCGCCGUAGAAGUAUAUUUUCGUUUGCUGCAUCUAGUCGGUCUGAUCGAGAUGACCAGCCGACUGAUGACACAUCUGAUGGGUCCGGCACAGGGAUUUCUGCGACUCCUGAGACCCCCCAGACGUCUAGUAGUUCACGGGCUAGAAGGCCCAUCGCCCCUACAGCUGCCACCAUCAGGGCCAACGCGCCUAGGGAAGCACAUGAGAGGAUUGUCUUUCAGAGGAUGCCCAAUGGUGCUUUGAUGGAGCCAGUGGGCCUGGCCAAAGCCUGCACUAAAGCAUUUAAGAGGGUGGAUAACCCAGGCGGGUACACUUGGAGGUUGACUCCCCCGGAUGUGAAGGAGUUGUACUAUGCCGAAUUACAGAAAGAGUUUUCUUGGUCGCCUGCGGAUGAGCUUGAGGUCAGGGCCAUGUGGGAGGUUAAAGCCAGCAAGAGGUACAGUGACAUGAUGAGCGACUACAAGAGGAAGCUCAGGGCUCAUACCGAUGCAGGUCGGGAGAUGGAUAGACCCGUCUGGAUGUCUGCCGAAUUCUGGACAGGACUCAAGGCAUACUGGAGUCAGGAGGCUGUUCAGGCCGUUUCCGAGCGAGCACGUGCGAACCGGAUGUCUGAGCCCGAUGGACCCGGUACUGGGAUCAGCAGGCACGUGGGAGGGUCUCGGUCCACUCGUGUCCUGCAGCAGAGUCUGGUUAGUAAUUAUCAAAUAAAUUCAUAA